AACAGCAGAGACCCAAGUGCUGAACUUGCACCGAGCAAAGAAGAACACGCGCAAGCAGCUUAUUAGCUUCAAAAGUGGUAGGGCAAGCUCCGGAAGAGGCGACAUGCGUGGGCUACGGCCAUGGUCGCGCAACAUUGCGGCGGUGCUGCUAGCUCUCGCGACGGUGGUGUCUGCCACUGCCGCCGGAAAGAAAGAUGAAGCGGUGGUGGCGAGGGGCAACUACAAUGUGGCGGUCGUCGACGUCUCGAGGAUUACUAUCUCAGCGGCUGCGGCGCCGUCGAGCAUGAACGUCUCAGCCAUCUGCCAGUCGACGCCGUACCCGAGCGCGUGCGAGACGGCGCUCUCGUCGCCAGGGCCGGCCAGGGACGACCCGUUCGCGGCGUCCGUGCAGUUCGCGAUGGCCCGGGCCGCGUCGGCGCGGACGCUGGCGCGAAACGUCUCGGGUGCCUCUCGGUCCACGCCCCACCGCGGCGCGCCGCCGUCGGGCGUGAUGGACUGCGCGGAGCUGCUCGACAUCAGCGUCGCCCAGCUCGGCGACGCGCUCGCCGCCGCCGCCGGCGACGCGGACGGUGCGACCACGUGGCUCAGCGCCGCGCUUACGAACCAGGGCACGUGCGCCGACAGCCUCGCCGCCGAGCCGGACCCCGCGGGGCGCGACGCCGUGCGCGCGCGUAUCUCCGCGCUCACGCAGUUCAUCGCCACGGCGCUGGCCCUGCACGCCAGCAAGCUCAAGCCAGACGCGAGCGGCGGCCCACCGCCGACGCCACCGGUGACGACGACGUUCCCGUCAUGGGUGUCCCAGCAUGACAGGAAACUCCUUCGUUCUCCCGUAGACAGCGUCGCCAUUGAUGCGGUGGUGGCGCUCGACGGCAGCGGGACGCACAGGACCAUCAACGAGGCGAUCGCGGCCGUGACGGCUGCGAAGGGCGGCGGUGGUGGCGGCGGAGGGAGGAAGGUGAUCCACGUGAAGGCCGGGCGGUACGAGGAGAGCGUGAGCAUCUCCAGCAAGCAAAAGAACGUGAUGCUGAUGGGCGACGGCAAGGGGAAGACGGUGAUCGCCGGCCACAAGAGCGCCGCCGACGGCUACACCACCUACGCCACCGCCACCGUCGCUGCAAUGGGCUCGGGCUUCAUCGCCAAGGGCCUCACCAUCAUCAACAGCGCCGGGCCGGGGAAGGGCCAGGCCGUGGCGCUGCGGGUCGGCGGCGACCUCUCAGUCGUGUACCAGUGCGCCAUCCAGGCGUACCAGGACACGCUCUACGUGCACUCCAACCGCCAGUUCUACGCCGAGGACGACAUCGCCGGCACGGUGGACUUCAUCUUCGGCAACUCCGCGGUGGUCAUCCAGAACUGCGACAUCCAGGCCCGGAGGCCCAGCCCGGGGCAGAAGGACACGGUCACGGCCCAGGGCCGGACCGACCCGAACCAGAACACGGGGAUUUCAAUCCACAAGUGCAGGAUCACCGGAGCGUCGGACCUCGGCAGCACAUCGGUGUAUCUGGGCCGUCCGUGGCAGAAGUACUCGCGGACCGUCGUGAUGGAGAGCUUUCUCGAUAGUUCGAUCUCACCGGCCGGGUGGCUCGAGUGGUCGGGACAGUUCGCGCUGAGCACACUGUACUAUGGGGAGUACGGUAACACCGGGCCUGGUGCCGGGACAAGUAAUCGGGUGACGUGGACUGGAGUGCACACGUCACUGUCCAGGUCAGAUGCCACGAGGUUUACUGUGGCGAAUUUUAUCAUGGGAGACUCAUGGUUGGGUGGCACUGGAGUGGCCUAUGAUUCGGGACUGUGAGGCAGGAUGUGGUCUACCCGUAUUUGCCAUUGAUCGGGAAUGAUUAACCAUGAUAGGAUGAACCAAUUUAAAUAAAUAAAAGAUUGGAAAAAAAAAUCUGCAAGAGCCCUGCCUUGACUUGUAGGGAAGUAACACAAGUCAGGAGUGUGAGCGUGGCCCAAUUGUGCGUAUCCCGUGCGUGGUGGCAGCAGGGUUGGAGAUUGAUUUUGUGUACCGUAAAAGAGCUCAUAGCAAGCAACCGUAUCUGGAAAAAAACGAUUGGUGGAUAUUAGUACUGUCACUGCACAGAAAGCAAAGGAUUGGGGAUUCAGUGGUGUAAUGUUAAGAGGUCGUGCGACAUGAAGACAUUGAUAGCAAUAUGGGGAAGUUCCCAUCAGGCAACAUAUCUCUCUUUGUCCAAAUAGAAGGAAAAGGAGACAAUUUGAACAUUCCUAUGGAACUCCCCUUCAGACGACUCUGAUGAAACAGAACAUUCUUGUUAUUGCUCGCCAAUGGCUCUAGCAAAAUGUACGACUCGCCCUUGCAAACUAAAAUCUUUGCUUGCUUGGAGCUUAAGUGUGGUAGAACCGUCCAGUUUAAACUGACUCAAGUACGUCAGUUAGGCCUUGGGCAUCCAACACACAGCGUACUUGAAUCAAUGUAAACCCGGUAGUCCAUCGGGUGUCCUUAAUUCACCCGAAGACUCCACAUUAUGUUACAUCCAUACAUCCAAGAUCGCUUACACA